AUGGUAGAGAUGGGGGACCACUUGAGUCUACAGCAGCUGCCGGAUGCACUGCAAGAAGAUCUUGAGCCUAGCAAAAAGGACCCCGUUAACGCCUACUGGACAUGCACACCUCCAGAUACUGUAACUGACCCCGACUCGGGGUCAGUACCCCUGUCGGUGGAUAAGGUUCCCGUCGUCAUCCCAGUUCGGUUCCAUCAUCCGCUUUUACCCCUGAUGUCUCAACCUCCAGAUCCGCACUCCAUCGUCAUCUCACCAAUCAGGCCGCUGGCAAAUGAGACCGUCGAGGAGAUUCUAAACUUGUUAACCCACGCUAUUGGCUUUUAUCAUCUCAUCAACCACCAGCUGCAGGUCAUUGUCCCAGAGGACUUUGACUACCAGGAGGAGCUGCACAAGUACCCUGCUGAGUUUGGGGGAUUCAAAGUCAACUUCAUCCGAGAGUCUUUCUACCCAACUGCUGACAGAGCAGAGUCAACACCAGUACACCUGACAGGGGGAUCUUCAACAACUACAAUCGGACGCCAGCCAUCUACAGCCAACCAACCUGCCGCAACCGAUGUGGUAGCGGUGUUUGGGAGUAUUGUACGGAUUUCUCCCAGUGAAAGCAAAUCCAAAGACCGGCUUGAAGGGAAGCUUGAGGUCCUUGUGAUUCCUGAAGCAGACCAGACUAAAAUAUACAUCACCGUAUCAACUGAUACACUUGCCAUGACGGCGGUAACGGCCAAAUCAGGUGCAGCAACACCUGAUUGA